GAGAGAAGCAAAAAAGAAAAAGAGGAGACUUUUAUUUUUCGUGGUUUCUUGGGCAAGAGGUUUUAAUAAAAAACGAAAUCCACCUCAUUUACCACGGCGCCAUGCGGCGAUUUGUCCUCGAAAGGGCAAAGCAACUGCUCUCAACCUCUAUAAGAUCAACCUCAUCCUCUCCGCCACAAUCACCAUCGCCUCUUUCCUCCCUGCUUUCUCGGCGGCGGAUGUCCUCUUCAUCCUCUGCUGCCGGCGCUGGCGUCACUGUUGAAACUAUCAACCCUAAGGUUGUGGAAUGUGAGUAUGCUGUUCGUGGAGAGAUCGUUAUCCAUGCUCAGCGCCUUCAAGAAGAGCUACAAAAGAAACCAGGUAGCCAUCCCUUUGAUGAGAUACUUUAUUGCAACAUCGGGAAUCCACAGUCUCUAGGCCAGCAGCCAGUUACCUUUUUCCGAGAGGUUCUUGCUUUGUGUGAUCAUCCAACAAUUUUGGACAGAGAUGAAACUCAUGCCUUAUUCAGUGCGGAUUCCAUAGCAAGAGCUUGGCAGAUCCUAGACCAGAUUCCUGGUCGAGCUACAGGUGCCUACAGUCACAGCCAGGGUAUCAAAGGAUUACGUGAUGCAAUUGCAGCUGGAAUUGCUGCUCGUGAUGGUUAUCCUUGCAAAGCAGAAGAUAUAUUCUUAACCGAUGGAGCAAGCCCUGCUGUCCACAUGAUGAUGCAAUUACUGUUGAGGUCAGAGAAAGAUGGCAUCCUUUGCCCCAUCCCUCAAUAUCCUUUGUACUCAGCUUCAAUUGCUCUUCAUGGUGGCCAUCUUGUCCGAUAUUACCUCGAUGAAGCAACAGGGUGGGGACUGGAGAUUUCUGAGCUUAAGAAGCAAUUGGAAGAUGCUCGAUCAAAGGGUAUAACUGUCAGGGCACUUGUAGUCAUAAAUCCUGGGAAUCCAACGGGGCAGGUUCUUGCAGAAGAAAACCAGCGACAAAUAGUGGAAUUCUGCAAAAAAGAAGGUCUUGUUCUCCUAGCAGAUGAGGUCUACCAAGAAAAUAUCUAUGUUGAAGACAAGAAAUUUAACUCUUUCAAGAAGAUUGCACGAUCAAUGGGAUACGAAGACCAGGAUAUUUCUCUAGUAUCAUUUCAGUCAGUUUCUAAGGGUUAUUAUGGAGAAUGUGGAAAGAGGGGUGGCUAUAUGGAGGUUACCGGUUUUAGCACUGAAGUGAGAGAACAGAUUUAUAAGGUGGCAUCAGUAAAUCUUUGCUCAAAUAUAUCUGGUCAAAUUCUGGCAAGCCUCGUCAUGAAUCCACCUAAGGAAGGGGACGAAUCCUAUGAGUCUUAUGUUGCAGAGAGAGAUGGAAUACUUCAGUCUUUAGCAAGGCGUGCAAAGGCACUUGAAGAUGCAUUCAACAGCUUAGAAGGCAUAACAUGCAAUAAGGCAGAGGGAGCAAUGUAUCUUUUCCCUCGUAUUCGCCUACCUAAGAAAGCCAUUGAAGCUGCCGGUAAUACAAAGCCUGAUGCAUUCUAUGCACGUCGCCUUCUUGAUGCAACUGGAAUCGUCGUGGUUCCUGGCUCUGGUUUUGGGCAGGUCCCUGGAACAUGGCACUUCAGGUGCACUAUACUUCCUCAGGAGGAUAAGAUCCCAGCUAUCAUCUCCCGAUUCAAAGAAUUUCACGAGUCGUUCAUGAAUGAAUACCGCGACUGAACUCCUCUCCUCGACUAGUUGAUUAGAUCUCACAAAAUCAUAAAUUGAGCUGGGUGUUCUAUGUGGUUGAUAGAAAUAAUAAGACCAUCCAUGUUUUAUCUGUUAGUGGAUGGAUCAGUUUUACCGCAGUUGCUUGGUGGUUGCGGUAUACAAACAAUUCAGACUUUAGAGGUCAUUAUGUUGUACUAUUUAAUAGAGAUGUGUUGUCCUGUGCGCUCAUUUCAUUUGAUGAUGAAGGAAACUGAUUAAUUUUGGAACCAUUUCGUGCUUA